AUGGCACCAAUUCAACAGUGUUCUUAGAGGCAGCCACACCUCAGCAAGGACUAACUUGGGCCAGGAAAACUACUAAUCGAGACGGCAAAGGAGUCCUGCCAUGGCAGGGGAGGUGAGUCUGGAUGGCACAGGUGCCCUCUGAACUACAGGAAGCCAGGCACGGGGCUUGAAGGAGACAAAGGAUGUGGCCCAGUACCUCUGACACCUGCUGUGAUCCAAGCCUGGAGACAAAGCUGACACGGAAGCUGUGCGCCAAAGGCUAAAGGACUUAUACCAACCACGGAGUUGGGAAGUGGAACAUUUCAGCCUUCAAUGCAGGCAGUUUGUUUCUAGAACUUACUUGUUAGCCCGUUUGCUCCACAGACAUGGAGGACAGAUCUGCAGCUAGAAGAUAACACAACCAGCAAUGGAGCCACUGUAUGAGGAGUAUCUAACCCACAGUGGAACAAUAGUCAAACCUUACUACUGGCUAAGCGUCUCUCUAAAUUGCACUAACUGUCCUUACCACAUCCGGACAGGUGAGGAAGCGAGAGUUCCCUACACAGAAUUUCAUCAAACUUUUGGAUUCCCAUGGUCAACAUACCCUCAAACAAAACACCUCACAUUUUAUGAACUGAGAAGUUCCUCCGGGAACCUGAUACAAAAGGGCCUUGCUAGCAACUGCACUGGGAGUCACACCCACCCAGAAUCAAUGCUCUUUGAGAGGGAUGGCUACCUGGACUCACUCAUAUUCCAUGACAGCAACAUCAGACAUAUCAUUCUGUAUUCCAACAACUCCCCUUGUGACGAGGCUAACCACUGCUGCAUCAGCAAAAUGUACAACUUCCUGAUGAACUAUCCAGAAGUCACCCUCAGCGUUUUCUUUUCUCAGCUCUAUCAUACUGAGAAUCAAUUUCCUACCUCAGCAUGGAACCGUGAGGCUCUUCGGGGCCUGGCCAGCUUAUGGCCCCAGGUCACUUUGAGUGCAAUAAGUGGUGGCAUUUGGCAGUCUAUUCUUGAAACAUUUGUUAGUGGCAUCUCUGAAGGGCUGACUGCUGUGCGGCCCUUUACAGCUGGGAGGACCCUGACUGACAGGUAUAACGCUUAUGAAAUCAACUGCAUCACAGAAGUGAAGCCUUACUUCACUGAUGCUCUUCACAGUUGGCAAAAAGAGAAUCAGGACCAAAAAGUCUGGGCAGCCUCUGAAAACCAGCCCUUACACAAUACCACUCCUGCCCAAUGGCAACCCGACAUGAGUCAGGACUGCAGGACUCCGGCGGUUUUCAUGUUGGUGCCUUACAGAGACCUACCACCAAUCCAUGUGAAUCCAAGUCCACAGAAACCCAGGACCGUGGUAAGGCACCUGAAUACGCUUCAACUGUCAGCCUCCAAGGUCAAAGCCCUAAGGAAAUCUCCCUCGGGCAGGCCAGUGAAGAAGGAGGAGGCUAGGAAGGGGUCUACACGUAGCCAAGAGGCAAAUGAAACGAACAAAAGCAAAUGGAAGAAACAGACUCUAUUUAUCAAGUCAAACAUCUGCCAUUUACUGGAGAGGGAACAAAAAAAAAUUGGAAUUCUCUCUUCCUGGUCUGUCUAAGAUGGGGAUAAAUUGGUGUAAAAAAAGAAAAAAGAAAAAAAGAAAAACCUAUUAUAACAACUCCGAUAAUUGGUACUAUUUUCAACAUAAUCCAAAAUUGUCAUAAACAGCUUCAUCUCUUUCUGAAAUUGAUAGUCAUAAAAUAAAUGGUUUUUAACUUUA